UAUUUAGUGAGAGAGAGAGACUAGGAGGGGUGUGAUGUUGCUGCGCAAAGGCAAUUAAAGUCUUGCCGAAGUCUACCCACACGCGCUCACAAUGUAGGAAACGCUCGCUUGAAAACAACAGACUACUACCACACACACUGCUUACCAGUGACUGAUAUUAUUUGUUUCCAUCUUCGAAGUGUUGAUGGUAAUCUGAUUAAUUGGGGGAAUUUGGGCUUUGAGCAUGGAGGGCUGCUAUCCCCCAGAAAGCGAAAGGAUGGAAGCGUGGCUUGAUGACCACUUGGAGUUCGCUCAUUCCUACUUUGUCAGGAAGGCUACAAGGGAGAUGGUGAAUGCAUGGUUUGCUGAGCGAGUCCAUUCCAUCCAGCCCUCCUCCUCCUCCUCUUCCUCUCCUCCCUCCUCCCUGCCCCCUUCCCUGGGCCUGAACGACAGGCGUUCCCCCUCCCCAGCCCUGCCCCCCAGCCCCGCUCCCAGCACCCCCACCCGCAAGAUCUCUGCAUCUGAGUUUGACAGGCCGCUGAGGCCCAUCGUGGUCAAGGACGCGGAAGGCUCACUAACCUUCCUCUGCGACACCGAACCCGACCGGGGCGACAUCCGGACACCCUUCAGAACCCAGCAGGGAGGGGUCGGGGUUGGUAUCCCCACAGGGAUGAUGGGCGAGGUUGGCAGUGCCCGGGGUUUGGACCGCUGUGCCAGACUGUUGGAGCUGGUGAGGGACGUGUCGAGUCACCUGGACGUGACGGCACUGUGCCACAAGAUCUUCCUGCACAUCAACGAGCUGAUCGCCGCCGACCGCUACUCCCUCUUCCUGGUGGGCGAGGACAGCUCCAACAGGAAGUUCCUGGUGAGCAGGCUAUUUGAUGUUGCCGAGGGCUCCACCCUGGAGGAGGUGUCCAACAGCUGCAUCCGUCUGGAGUGGAACAAGGGCAUUGUGGGUCACGUGGCGGCCACGGGCCAGCCCCUUAACAUCAAGAAUGCCUACGAGGACCCCAGGUUCAAUGCAGAGGUGGAUCAGAUCACAGGCUAUAAGACGCAGAGUAUCCUGUGUAUGCCCAUCAAGAACCACAGAGAAGAGGUGGUAGGAGUGGCACAGGCGAUCAACAAGAAGUGUGGAGAGAAUGCGACUUUCACUGAGCAAGAUGAAAAGGACUUCUCUGCCUACCUGGCCUUCUCCGGGAUCGUCCUACACAACGCCCAGCUCUACGAAACGUCCCAGCUGGAAAACCGACGGAAUCAGGUGCUUUUGGACCUGGCCAGUCUGAUCUUGGAAGAGCAGCAGUCCCUCGAGGUGUUACUGAGGAAGAUAGCAGGCACUAUUCUCUCCUUUAUGCAGGCCCAGGGCUGCACUGUCUUCAUAGCUGACGGAGACGUUAUGAACUCCUUCUCCAGCGUGUUUCACAUGGAAUAUGAGGACCUGGGAGAGGCCAUGGACACCCCCAAAAGGGACUGUGACGUGAGUCAGAUAAACUACAUGUACGCCCAGUAUGUAAAGAACACCAUGGAGCCUCUGAACAUCUCUGACGUCACCAAAGACCAGCGCUUUCCCUGGACGAGUGAGAACCCAGAGCACCCCAGUAACCAGAUCAAGAGUUUGCUCUGUACACCUAUCAGGAAUGGAAAGAAGGAUAAAGUUAUAGGUGUGUGUCAGUUGGUGAACAAGAUGGACGAGGCGUCGGGGAACCUGAAGUCCUUCAACCGGAACGAUGAACAGUUCCUGGAGGCCUUCGCCAUCUUCUGUGGCCUGGGUAUACAGAACACCCAGAUGUAUGAAACAGUGGAGAGAGCCAUGGCUAAACAGGAGGUCACACUGGAGGUCCUUUCUUAUCACGCCUCUGCUGCAGAGGAAGAGACGCGGGCGAUGCAGGUAACUACGGCGGCCACUGUUCCGUCGGCCCAGUCUCUGCGCCUGAUGGAGUUCAGCUUCAGUGACUUUGAGCUGUCCGACGCUGAGACCACUCAGGCCACCAUACGCAUGUUUGUAGACCUCAACCUGGUCCAGAACUUCCAGAUGAAAUACAAGAGUCUGUGCCAGUGGAUCCUGAGUGUUAAGAAGAACUAUAGGAAGAACGUGGCCUACCACAACUGGAGACACGCCUUCAACACCUCCCAGUGCAUGUUCGCCUUGUUCAAAUCUGGCCGGUUACAGAGUAAUAUGACUGAUCUGGAGACCCUGGCCUUGAUGAUCGCCACUCUGAGUCACGACCUGGACCACAGAGGGGUCAACAACUCCUACAUACAGAGGAGUGACCAUCCCCUGGCCCAGCUCUACUGCCACUCCACCAUGGAGCACCACCACUUUGACCAGUGUCUCAUGAUCCUCAACAGCCCAGGGAAUCAGAUUCUAAGCAGCCUGUCUCUGGAUGAGUACAAGGCCACUCUGAAGAUGAUCGAGAGGGCUAUUCUGGCUACGGACCUGGCUCUGUACAUGAAGAGGAGAGGAGAGUUCUUUGAACUGACCAAGAACAGCCAGUUUGUCUGGGACGAUGACUAUCAUAAAGACUUACUGAGGUCAAUGCUGAUGACUGCAUGUGACAUCUCUGCCAUUACCAAGCCCUGGCCAGUACAGAAAAGGAUAGCUAAGUUGGUGGCUACAGAGUUCUUUGAGCAAGGGGACAAAGAGAGAGAAGAACUCAACAUUGAGCCAAUAGAUCUGAUGAAUCGGGACAAGCAGGAUAAGAUUCCAAGCAUGCAGGUGUCGUUCAUUGAUGCCAUCUGUACACAGCUGUAUGAGACCCUGGCCAGUAUGUCUGAGUCCUGUUCCCCACUACUCGAGGGCUGCCAGAAGAACAGACAGAAUUGGAAGAUUCUGGCUGAACAGGGCGACAAAGGUUUCUUCAACGGAGUGGUGUAGACCUGUUUAACGUCUCCCCUCCAUCCCCACUAUCACUCCAUCCCUCCACCACCCUGAGAAGAUGACAUCAACACUAAGCUAUAUUUAUUACCAUAGUCUUUUUUUUCUUUUUUUGCACAAAGUCGACUUGCUACAUGAAGGAGUCACUAUAUUAUAUCUCUCACAGUCGGAGGAAGGGAAGAACACUGAAGGUGUGUGUGUGUGUGUGUGUGUGUGUGUGUGUGUGUGUGUGUGUGCAUGCGUCUGUGGCUACUAUCGGCCUACUGAGCACCAAGGGAUCAACAUGCCACCAGAGAACAGACAGACCUGGGUUCAAAUAUUAUUUGAAAUCUCUCAAAUAUUUUGAGCCCGCCUGGAGUGCCAGAUGGUCGUGCAGGAUUUGUACUUUUGAGACUAUUGCAUUGGUUCCGUUGUACCAAACAAGCUCAAUGAAAGAUUACAAAUACUAUUUGAACCCAGGUCUUAGGCUCAUUGCAAUGGCUGGAAUGGCAUUAAUGGAACGGUAUAGUUACAACUUACUUUGUACACGCCAUAAAGGACCACAAUCAUAAGCUUGUUAGUAUUACCAGCGCAAACUCACACACCACACACUCACAACACAAAGGUUUUGAGAGAACGUUCAUUUUAUGUAACACUCACUCGUCUUACCUAUUGCAUAUUUAUUUGUUUUAUAUAUUUAUUCAAUUUCUAUACUGUUAGGUCAGUUUCAUGUUGAGAACACACACGUCUCUGCUUUGAAAACUUUACUGGACCAUCCAUUCACCGGUGUAUUUUUAUGCAUUGUGUUAUUAUUUGAACUUUGUAAAUUGUAAAGGACCCAAAGACUUGACGUGUGUUCUAGAAGAUUCCACUGCCAUCCUGUGAUAUGAUAGGUGUGAUUCACAUGAUAUGAUAGGUGUGAUUUC